AUGACCGCGAUUUCACUCACCCACCUCGUUGCUAACAGUAUUGAAGCCUGGGGCCAUGUUCGCCCUUUGGUCACCUUCUGCGCCCGCCUCGUCAAGAUGAAGACGGACCUCUACGUUACGCUGCUGACUACUACUGUGAUGUUUGAACGUCUAAUUAGGGAAGCGGGACGUAGCUUCGACGAGGGCGAUGAGUCCUCCCAACGCCUCAGGAUCGUAUGCGUGGGACCUUCUGCAGACAUGGUCGGAGAUGGUCUCAUAGGGCCCAUGUGGAAAGCGUUGGCGGCAGAAGAGGACUUGAUUUGUCAACAAACGGGAAUCAGCUGCAAUGCUCUUCCAGCACCCACCGUCGCCAUCAUCGACCUAUUCGCUCUCGAAAAUACUGGUGUCGUGCGUGCCUUUAGCGGCAGCUCUGUUAAGAUAUACUCGUGGUGGCCCGGACUCACUUACUACGGUUUGUAUGAAUUCGGCGACGUGCAUGUCGGCGGUCUCGGCAAUAUUCGUGUUCGGGCCGAACAAGAAUCGCGUCAAUCGGGCCGGCCCUACCACGACGUGGUUAAGGAGAUAUUCUUUACGAAAUCCGGCAACCUCGUUAGACUGCCCAGUCUUCCUCCGAUGUACGAUUACGAGAUACAUCCACAAGAUUUCGAUAUCCCGGACGAGGCCAUAGUAAAGUUCUUUCCGAAGGUUAACGAGGUCGUCGCUAUGACCGACGGGGUUAUUCUCAUUUCGUUCCAAUCAUGGGAGAAGGAAGCCAUACAGGCGACGAGGGACUGGAUGACGGAAACAGGCCGAGCUGUGUACACCGUCGGGCCACUGCUACCGACGGCGUCCAAGAGAAAGGCGGUGGCGAACGAGAAGAUCCAAUCCCCUGAGUCCGCAUGCAUCCAGGCGUUCUUGGACGAGACUCUUGCGCGCUCGGGAGGCUAUUCUCUUCUAUAUAUAUCAUUUGGGACUAUUUUCUUCCCCUCGAAGACAUCGGAGAAGCUCUGGGCGUUCCUCGACGUUGUUAUGGAACUUGAUAUCCCUUUCCUUAUGAGCAGAGCUUCACCUCGCUGUGUCGUUCCAGAGGAGGUAAAGGAGAAGGUCAAAGCCUACGGCAAAGGUUUGAUCUCGGCCUGGAUACCCCAGCAGAUGGUUCUCGACCAUCCUGCCACCGGAUGGUAUGUCAGCCACGGCGGCCAUAACGGGCUCACGGAAGCGAUUGUAUCUGCUGUCCCGCUGAUCAUGUGGCCGUUCGUCGGGGACCAGCCAGUAAACGCCGUACUCGUUACGGACGUGCACAAAGUCGGCUACGAACUCCUCCGAGAGGUACGCUCGGGAUCUGGCCUGCGGAAGAUCUUCCGGACGGGGUAUACGCCCAUCGGCACCAUCGAGGCGGUCAAGGACGAGGCGCGAGACGUCUUGCGGAGGGCGUUCGGUGAGGACGGCAAAGAGAAGCGGACACGGUUGCAGGCGCUGCAACAGGCGGCGUUGGGAGACUGGGACGAAGGCGGGGCGUCGAGACGGGAUGUGACCGCGUUCUUGGCGAGUCUGUAG